CCAGAGUCCAUUCUCAUCAAGCAUUUGCAUAUCUUUAACAUAAUUUUAUGACGGACAUCAAGACAAACUCAAGGAAAGGUUUUACUUUUAUAACUGUAGAGAACAAUAUGAAAUCGAGAUAUUAGUCUGUCAUUAACUUCAGAAGUCCAAUAUAUAAUAUGACUGAUAUUCAACUUCAAAGGGAUACCUUUGGAUACCUUCCAUACCUGACACACUGGGCGCCCCACGAGCCGGCUAUAAAGAAAUCGCACGCUGGAAACUCAGACCACUGGGCAAAAAUGAAACAUAAGGUAGCGAGUUUAUCAAUCCAAGAUAGUUCGGGAAAGAACCGAGUAUUUCACACUGACAGAAUGAGACAUGAGCGACCACCAGAAAAAGGAUCCUUCGAUAACGUAAUACGUUUUCAGCAUGAGAUCGAUGGUACUCUAACUCGUAUAGGAGGUUCAAAUUUCUCAGAUAUUAUAGUAAGAGAGUUACAUGGCAAAUUACCAGGAGAUUACACCAAACCGCGCCCGCUACCUCCUAAACUACUCAGGACCGCGGCAAACGCAAGAGCUAGAGAGGGUCACAAGUACUGGUACAUGGAGAAAACCUUUAAGAAAGAUCCUGGUAAAUAUACUAUGGGGUCAGCCAAGACAUUUUUAGGUAUUGGCAAGUAAAGACUAGUGUGACUCUCAACUUGUAAAUAAUAGUGUGUACUGUAUGAAAUAAAGGUGUGUUUUCAGGUUAA